GACAGAGAGAAGCCACACUCGUCCAAUGACUCGUGGCCGUUCGUAGUAUUUCCUUUUAUUUAGGUGAGUUGCCGAUCAGCCAAAUCGUGAAGUGGGUUGAAAACAUUUGCAAAGUUUUUAUUUCCUUCGUUUGGCUUACUAUAAUCAGUCAGUGUGAUCGCACAACAUGGCUUCUUUAAGGGAUCGAGCAUUUUGACAUUUAAAAAACACGAAAAAGUCCGAUGCAGCUCUCCGCCGUGUUUCAAGCUGCUGGCUGUCAACUUGCGCUCUAGCUGCAACAGCUUUCACCGAGUCUUUCUCUUCAUUUGCGCUGGAAAACAAAUAUUGCGGGAUAGUGAAAAAAUAACAACGCGUGGGCGUUUGCGCUUUUGAACCAUGACCACUGAAGUUGCGAGUGACUUGGACGUGACAGUCAGUUGUUUGGGCGAAGGGAACCAAAACAAGUCGGACGCGGAUCGACCCAAGAAACCUGAUCGAGCGAGCCACGAGGAGGGGCAGCAGGAUCCUCCUCAGGUCGACUCUAAACAUCAAAAACAGGGGGACAUGGAAAGCAAAGCGGAUGGGUUAAGCACGGACAGCACGAACGACAAGGAGAACGAGCAGAAUGCAUCAAGUCACAAAGCAGAAACUGCCAAGAAGAAAGUGAUCGAGGCUCCUCCGCCGAAAGUGAACCCAUGGACGAAGAGGAACGCAUGCCCUCCUAAUAAUGCCACCAACAGCUCGCUACAAACAGAACCCCAGAGUCCUGCCAAAGUUGUCCGUGCCAGCAAACCCAGAUCCAGGAAGACCAGUAAGUCAAGUGACUUCAGUGACAUCACAAACUGGCCUACCCCAGGAGAACUCGCCAAUAAGGAGCAGCAGCAGAAUGUGAUAAAUGCACAUGGGAGAAAAGUGACAUCCGGAUGGAGGGAGAGGAAGAAGGAUCAUGGGGGAGAGAAGAGAGAGAAGGAGAGUGGAAGUGACGGGAGUGACAGUAAGGAGAACAGGGAAGCACAGUCAGAUCCGAUAAGUGGACUGUCAAAUGAGAAAGAGACAGAGGAUGGAGAGGAAACGCACAGCAGUGCCACCCGCAGGAGAGGAGGCUGGAGAAGAGAGAGAGAUUUCUUUGAUGACACAGCAAGUGUUCGCAGUGAGGGCAGCAAUGUGCGUGGAGGCCCGAGGGGCAGGGGCAAAGGUCGCGGCCGGGGCAGAGGUCGUGGACGAGGUCGCUAUGAUUACUCCCACAGUUACCGGGACUCUUACGUGGAUAGGUCCACGGUUCCAGCCGAGUUCGGCACUAACAUGAUCUAUUACUAUGACGACGGUAAUCGUGUGCAGAUGUAUACGAUUGAGGAGAGUUUGCUUAAAGAAUACAUCAAACGCCAAAUUGAAUACUACUUCAGUCUCCCAAACCUGGAGCGUGACUUCUUCCUGCGGAGAAAGAUGGAUUCAAAAGGCUUUUUGCCCAUCUCCCUGAUCGCCAGUUUCCACAGAGUCCAGGCCCUCACCACCGAUAUCAACCUCAUUAAAGAGGCGGUGAAGAACAGUGAUGUCGUGGAGCUGGUUGAUGAGCAGAUCCGUAGGAAAGAAGAGCCGGAGCAUUGGCCCAUCCCAGGUCCCCCUCUAGACUCCCCUCGCACAGAUUUCUCCCAGCUCAUUCACUGCCCCGAGUUCGUCCCAGGACAGACAUUCACCUCCAUCAGCACAGUAUCAUCCUCCCCAGUCAGUCAGCACAUGGACGAACCUGCUCUGGUGAAUGGCCAAACUAGCGAUGACACAGACACAGCUAAACCUCAGUCCAAAGAAUCCUUUCCUUCCGACUCAAAAAGCAGCUCUAGUGAAGAUGGGAAUACCCCAAAAGAGCAGUCCAUCAGUCUCUCUGAUCCAGAUGCCCAGCCGUGGAUACAGGUGGAAAAACGACACAGAAACUCCCCUGGAAAAAAUAAGACCUCAGUAACUCCUCUUCCUCCUAGCUCUCCUUCUUCUCCUUCUCCUCCUCCUCUUCCUCCUUCUUCUCCUCCUCCUCCCCUUCUUGAGUUGUUCCCAUGUGCAGAGAGCACAGAAUUGGUUCAAUCCUGCCCAAAGCAGCCGCCUGAGGCAGACCAGGAAGAACUGGACUUUCUGUUUGAUGAAGAAAUGGAACGGCUCGCAGCGCCUCGCAAGAACACCUUUACCGAUUGGUCAGAUGACGAUUCUGACGAUGAACUUGACGACCGAGACGUUAACAAGAUCCUGAUCGUUACACAGACCCCCCCUCACUUGCGGAAACACCCUGGGGGAGAUCGGACGGGGAAUCGUGUGUCACGUGCCAAAAUUACAGCUGACCUUGCCAAAGCCAUUAACGAUGGACUGUUCUACUAUGAACAGGAUCUUUGGACAAAGGAAGAAGGACUGCAAGAGUGUGCCAAUGCCAAGGAUGUGGAGAACUUUAAAAAACUCAACAUGAUCAGCCAAGACGAGUUUGAAACUCUGACCCCUAAACUUCCCAUUGACCCCAACCAGGAGGUCCCACCCCCUCCACCAUGUCAAACAGAUGAUUCCAGCAUGGCUCAUUCUCUCCCCACGGAUGUCCCAGAAUCCCCCAGUGUCCCCCGUACCCCACGCACACCACGCACCCCUGGAAGACAGGACCCCACCAAAACCCCACGCUUCUACCCUGUCAUCAAAGAAGAUAGUGGAAACCUUGAUGGAAAAACUCCCAGAAAGAGGAAAACCCGUCACAGUUCUAACCCUCCUCUUGAGUGCCAUGUAGGCUGGGUAAUGGACUCACGAGAACACAGACCCCGCACUUCCUCUAUCAGCAGCUCUAAUGCGUCUCCAUCAGAAGGAGCCCCCGCACUGUCAGGCAGUUACGGCUGCACCCCACAGUCCUUGCCCAAGUUCUGGCAUCCAUCCCAUGAGCUUUUGAAAGAAAAUGGCUUUACCCAGCAAGUUUACCACAAAUACCGCCGACGCUGCCUCAAUGAGAGGAAGCGAUUAGGUGUGGGUCAGUCUCAGGAGAUGAACACCCUCUUCAGAUUCUGGUCCUUCUUCCUCAGAGACAACUUUAACAGAAAGAUGUAUGAGGAGUUCAAGCAGUUUGCCUUGGAGGAUGCCAAGGAGAACUACAGGUACGGACUGGAGUGUCUGUUCCGGUUCUAUAGUUAUGGACUAGAGCGGCGAUUCAGACAGGACAUCUUCAAGGACUUCCAGGAGGAGACCAUGCAAGACUAUGAGAAAGGUCAGCUGUAUGGACUGGAGAAAUUCUGGGCUUUCCUGAAAUACGCAAAGGUGAAGAAUCAGCCUAUUGAUCCCAAACUCCAGGAAUACCUCAGCAAAUUCAAGAGCAUUGAUGAUUUCAGAGUAGAUCCACCAAUGACAGAGGAAGGAGUAAGGAGGAAAGCACACUCGUCCUCCACAGGAGAUGAGGUGAAACGUAGGCGACACAACUCGACAUCAUCAUCGAAACAGACCCCCAUCUCCAAGACUUCAGACAAUCAGCCAGCCGCUGGAGGGAUGGCAAAAACAGCCACGACUGAUCAGGCCACUGCCCCAACGGCAACGAAAACCAACAAUCAACCAUCAGCCAAGGCAGCCUCAACCAAUCAGAAACCAGCACCUCUGACCGCCAAGAGCAGCUCGGCUAAUGACCCAUCUACAAAAGCCCCACCCAAAGAGAAUGUGAAAAAGAAUACCUCAUCAGAUGUUCGCAAAGGAGAGGCGGCGACCAGCAAAAACAAAGAUGCCCAACAGCCAAAGAAAUGAGGCCCUUACUACACUAUAUACAGUAUUUGAGUGUGAUUCUAACUCUAGAGCUGUGAAAAGAUUUUCAGUGCUGGUGCAGGCUUACGUUUUACACCGUAACCUCGGAAGUGAGCCAGUCAAACCGUUAGAGCAAAGACCAACUGUCAGACUGCUGCAUUCACAAACUGAAGAGUAAACCAGAGACGUCUUUGUGUUGUACAAGACACUUUUUCUGGACAGGUUAACUUUCAUUAGAUUUUUUUUUUCCUUCAUUUUUUUUUUCUGCAGUUAAUAGUUUCAGAAUCAAGUACGCAUGGUGAACUUGUUUUGCUGUAAAGUUUACAGAAGAUGCAUUCCUACAUCGAAUGCAGUUUUAUCACUUUUAAAAAUUAAUUUUACCUUUGCAAAUGCCUUACAUUUCAAAAGCAACAAAAAAUAUAUAUAUAUAUAUUUUAAAGCAUUGUCAGCAUAAAUAAUGAAUAAUCUCUUGGUGUUUAAAAGUGUUUUUAAUUUGUGUGUGCAUGUCCUGCACAUCACACAUAUUUACUUCAUUUAUUUUAUAAACUCAAAAAAAAAAAAAAAAAAAGAUCAAACAAAAAAAAAUCUCUAACUUGAACUGAGGUUGACACAAGGUAACACACACUAUAUAGCUUUUUGCAUUUUUUGCUCUUUUAGCUUGUGUAGGAAAUAUGACAGUGAUGGAAUACUAAGUUCUUUAUGCUUUUAUGAUUAUCUGAGUGUCUGAGCUGAAUAUCGGAGAAGUACAUAGAUAUCAAGCCAAAGUGGUGAGGGAUUGUAAAAAGUGUUAACAUCAUCAGGAAAUACACGAUGUUCCUGCUUUUAAUUGUUUUUUUUUUUUUUUGCCGUUUACGCCAUGAAAGUGGUGAUCUCAAAGACGCCACAUCUCUAGUUUAGGUGCAGAGUACAGAAAGAGAAAACAUAUUUGAACUUUUUAUUAAUUUUGACUUAAAUUGGAAAACGUCUGUGUACUUUUAGUUUCUAGGAAAUGUUAUCUUUUUUUGAGAGGAAUUAUCCUUCCUUUUAAAUUUUGAAUCCUAUUGGAGUUGAGUUUGAGAUAAUUUAUUGUUUUACUCUCUUUUGAAGACUUAAUUGAUUACAAUCUUUUUUUAUUGAUAUUACAGAGAGAGUAUAGAUGACCGCAAACAUGGUGGCCCAGAGAAUAAUUUUAUUAGCAUUUUUAUUUUGCAGGUUGCUGAUAACAUUAAAUCAGUGUUUUUUUUUUCUCACUUAUGAUCAUUAAUCAGACACUGAAUUGAUGUCCCGAUUGUAUCAUAUUUGCUUAUGAAAACUGUACAUAAAAAUAUUAGAAGCAACUCUCUAAUAUCAAUCAGUUCAUUUUUAUUGAUUCAUUUUAUUGUGAUAUUUUUGUUUGUGUGCGCUUGUGUGUUGGUAUGCAUGUCGGUUUAAUUUUUUUUUUCUUUCCUCAUAAUUGUAAAAUGUAAAAAAAACACAAAAUAUAUUAAAAUCUGUUUAUAAAACCCCAAAAUAA